AUGGCCUCAACUCCCGAGCCCCCCGCCUUCAACCUCACAGAGACCGAUCUCGAGAUCUUAGCCAUGACUGACGAUCAAUUCAUCCUCCAUGACUGGGAGAAUCUGAAAGACAUCAUCGGUAUGGAGGUCCAGAAACCAAAGAACCGCAUCAUUGAUGGCCAUCCCUCCGCACAAACAGCACGAAAUGAUCUCGGCGCUCUGAAGCGGAAACCCUCCGAUCUAGCCCGAUACCUCUCCUGGUCCCGCGACACCAAAGCCCAAUACGGCUCCAUCACAAACUUCAUCUGCAAACGUCGUCUGGGCUGGCAUCUGCCGGAACCCACUGGUACCAGUGCCAGUGCCAGUACGGGCGCUGGGGUCGCAGACAGCGAGCCGGUCUUCCCCUUCAACAACCCGAUCCCCUUUGCCGAUCCCUCGGACUACAAGAUCCUCCGCAACGACUGGCCCUACGGUGUGGCGCCGGGUAUUGCGCACCUCUGUGUGUGGCUACGCACUCCUGUGCCCGUCCAGGAACACGGUGGCGAUCUCACUGAUGAAUCUCGCGCGCUGAUCGAGGGGUUUGUGCGGGAGACGUUUGUGGAGCGUCUGGCGAAGGAGGAGGGCAGGUAUUCGAGGCCGGAGGACCAUGUUCUGUGGUUUAAGAAUUGGACGGCUUUGCAGAGUGUCCGCAGUCUCGAGCAUAUCCAUGUCCUUAUCAGGGAUGUGCCAGAGAGCAUCCUGUACGAGUGGACACAGGAGUGGCCUGCCGAUGGGGUCCCCAACUAG